AUGGACUCAAACAAACAAGAAGGAGAGACUGAAAGUGUGCCUGUGAGUACCCCUGCAACACAGAUUUCCCAGUUGCAGGCGUUAGCCUCGGAGUUGAAGGCGGGUUUCACAGAAGCAAUGCAGGAGCUGUCACGAAUCCAGCAUGGCGAGUACGCCCUGGAGGAGAAGGUCAAGAGCUGCCGCUGCGCCAUGGAAGAGAAAGUGGCUGAGAUGAAGAAUUCCCUCAACACGUUCAAGGAGGAACUCAGUGAUGCCAAGUCAAUGAUUGAAGAAAUCAGUGCCAAGCAGGAGGAGAUGCAACAGAAAAUUGAGCAGCUGCAGCAAGAGAAGAGGCGGGAAUCACGGAAAGUGAAAGCUAAAAGAGCACAGAAGGAUGAUCAUGGGUCACAGACAGUGCCUACGCCUCUCCAGGGCAGCCCAUUUCGAUCCAUUAACCUCCCAGAACCUGUGCUGAUCAAUGAAGAUUUUACAAGUCUUUUACACAACGUGACUUAUGAAAAAGUGUCUGACACCAGGAUCAUGCCAAUGGGAGAAGGAAAUGUGAAAGUUGUAGCAGGUCCAGGAACAGCCAUAGACACAGAUGACAGCCUCAAGCCUUCCUUGACAACAGAGGGGCCAUCAAAAGUGCAUCUGCCACCAACAGUAUGGAAGCAGCCCAAGGACACCAAGGACUGGGCAGAUGAAUACAUUUCCAAAGAGCAACCGGAGAGAGGGAAAGACAUGGGUCAAAGCAGAUACAGCUCAGCAGACAACAUUAUAUGUGAACCCUCUUUGGCUGCCAAAAGGCAGAAUAUCGCUUUGGAGCUGCUGGAGUCAGAAAGGAAAUAUGUUAUCAACCUUUCCCUAAUCCUGAAGAUCAAGGCCACAUUGCAAGGACCAGAUGUGAAAAGGAGCACCAAAGAGAGAAGUUUCUUCCCCAACUCUUUGCGGUACCUGGUCCAGCAGCAUGUGGAUUUACUUCACGCUCUACAGGAGCGAGUCCUGAGCUGGCCACGACAAGGGAUCCUGGGAGACAUCUUCCUGAAGUUAACAAAUGAUGAGAAUAAUUUUCUGGACUACUAUGUUGCUUACCUGAGGGACCUGCCAGAAUGCAUCUCUCUGAUCCACGUGGUGAUCCUGAAGGAGGUAGAAGAAGAAAUCAAGUCUGAUCUCUACAUUCUGUUCUUCCAUAUAGUCCAGAGAAUCCCUGAAUACCUUAUUCAUCUACAG